AUGGCGAUGACCGUCGAAGAGAGAUUAUUUUUAGAAUCUAGUGCUCAGAUUAGCUCGUACUGUGUUGUGUUAGACUACCAGUUUUGUUCCAUUAAUUCCUCCCAUUACAGGCUCGCUGGACUCGCGUUCAUGUCCUCCACGAGUAUUCUACUGCAGAUACUGGCAUGCGCUUUGUACAACAACUGGUGGCCCAUGUUAGCAGCUCUCAUGUACGUCCUUGUACCAAUGCCAUGCCUGUUUUUUGGUGGUGGAUCCACACACUUCUUGACUAGCAGAGAAGGUGGAGGGUGGAUGAAUGCAGCAAAAUUCCUGACUGGUGCUUCCGCCAUGGGAAGCCUCGCUAUUCCAGCAAUUCUGAGGCAUGCUGGCCUAAUCGAGACGGGGGCUAUGUUCAUCGAGUUCACGUCCUUCUUCAUCCUUGUAUGCACAGUGCUGUGCUUCCAUAGGGCUACCCUGGAUGAAGACUGGUAA